AUGUCUUCCCUACUAGCCCGUGUUUUAUUUCAUGGGACAAAGCGGAAUCCAUCCAUCCUAAACUCCAUACGAAAUGCUCGUUUUCCCCAUCGACAUUUCGCUUCGGAAUCAAACACGGGCAAACAGAAUCUCAUAGAAAAGAUUGUCCAGAAAUAUGCUUUGGAUUUAUCUCCGGGUCAAAAAGUAAAGAGCGGAGAUUUCGUAACCAUUCAACCAGAACAUGUGAUGACUCACGAUAACACUGCUGUGGUCAUGUCAAAGUUUAAAAACAUUGGCGCAAAAUCAAUUAAGUUCCCGAGGCAACUCGUAUUUACUCUUGAUCAUAAUGUGCAGGAUAAAUCCGAAAAGAACUUGACGAAGUAUGCAACAAUAGAAAAAUUUGCCGAAGCUAAUAAUGUGGAUUUUUAUCCGGCCGGCCGGGGAAUCGGUCAUCAAAUAGUAGUCGAAGAAGGUUACGCGUUUCCUUACACCAUGACCGUGGCCUCGGAUUCUCACUCUAACAUGUAUGGUGGAAUAGGCUGCUUGGGAACACCUAUAGUUAGAACCGAUGCGGCGGCCAUCUGGGCCACUGGAAAAACGUGGUGGCAGAUUCCGCCUGUCGUAAAAGUAGAGUUCAAAGGACAACUUCCGGAUGGUGUCACCGGAAAGGAUGUUAUAAUCACUUUAUGCGGAAUGUUCAACAAAGAUGAAGUGUUGAAUUGUGCGAUCGAAUUUGUGGGGGAACAAAGUAUCCGUGGAAUCAGUAUUGAGGAUCGUCUGGCCAUAUCUAACAUGACAACAGAGUGGGGCGCAUUAGUCGGAAUGUUUCCGGUGGAUGAUGUAACAAUAAGAUGGCUCAGAAAUAGGGUUAGAAAGUUGGAACUUACGAGAUUUGAAAAUAAGAAUUUAAAGGCCAUCGCAGAUAAUGAACCAUUUAUUCAUCCUCGGAUCAAUCAUUCAAGAAUUGAUGAAAUUGAAAGAAAUCCUUUAAGGCCAUCUCCCGAUUCAUAUUAUUCAAAACAUCUGACAUUAGAUCUGUCAACUGUGUCGCCAUAUGCAUCGGGUCCUAACUCGGUAAAAGUUUCAACAUCCCUUGCUGAGCUUGAAAAAAAAGAUAUUGCCAUACAAAAGGCAUACCUUGUCUCGUGUGUUAAUUCUCGUGCAGCCGAUUUAAAGGCCGCAGCGGAGGUUAUCAAGGGUCGAAGAGUGGCAGAUGGCGUUGAAUUUUAUAUCGCAGCGGCUAGCAGCGAAGUACAGAAUGAUGCAGAGAAAAGUGGUGACUGGCAAACCCUCAUUGACGCCGGCGCAAAAGUAUUGCCUCCUGGUUGUGGACCAUGCAUUGGUCUUGGUGCCGGCCUCUUGAAGGAUGGGGAAGUUGGUAUUUCGGCGACUAACCGAAAUUUUAAGGGUCGCAUGGGUUCCCCGAACGCCUUAGCAUAUCUUGCUUCGCCUGCUGUAGUCGCUGCUUCCGCCGUAGCCGGAAAGGUGGCCAGUCCGGCAUAUCUAUCAACCUCGGUUUCGGUCCAUGCAAGAACGCAAACACCGAAAAUAUCAUACGUCUUGAACCCGAACGCGCAGUUCACCGCGAGUCCAUCAUCAGCCAGCGUUGAAAAGGUCAUACCCGGAUUCCCGGAAACAAUAAAAGGCCAAUUAUUAUAUUGUCAUGCUGACAAUUUAAAUACCGACGGGAUUUAUCCCGGUAAGUAUACCUACGUGGAUGAAUUACGGCCCGAGGAUAUGGCCAAAGUUGUCAUGGAAAAUUACGAUCCUAAAUUCGCAAAGAUGGUUAUAAAGGGUGAUGUCUUGGUUGGCGGUUUUAAUUUCGGAUCUGGAUCGUCACGGGAACAGGCUGCCGUUGCGUUGAAAGCCAGUGGCAUAACAUUAGUCCUUGCCGGGUCUUUUUCUGAGACAUUUAAGCGCAAUAGCAUCAACAACGCGUUACUCUGUCUGGAAGCACCCGAUCUUUUACACUUGUUAAGAGAUAUUUACAAGUCCGACGAUUUAACCACUCGCACGAACUUGAAUGCCGAAAUAAAAGUGGCCGAAGGCAAAAUGAUAAUAAGAGGUUUGAAUGAAUCAGAACGAGUAUUUAACUUGAGCGUGUUGGGUAAAAGCGUGCAAGAAUUAUGGGUGGCUGGUGGAUUAGAAAAUUGGGUGCGUCAAAGAAUUUGA